CACGCACCGAACAAGUCAACCACGCGGAUUUUUGGAUAUCGAGCCGCCUUCGCAGCCGAGCCCGACCGUGCCCUUCUAUGCCCAAGUACGCAAACUACCUGCCCGAUGAAAUCCUCCUCGAAGUCUUGUCCUACAUAGAGGCGUGGGACAUCCAGUCCCGGCAGACGGCGCUCGUCAACUUCAGCUAUGUGAGCAGACAAUGGUACGACGUCGCCAUCCAGCCCCUCUACGACUCGCCCUACCUCUCCGGCCGCGCCUACGACCUCUUCGUGCGCACCAUCUGCCCCUCGGUCCUCGCGCACAUCAAGAAACAGAACCUCGCACACCUCAUCCGCGUCCUCGACCUCUCGCACAUCAUCCACCAGGGCACAAAGUCGACCACCGCGCGCCUCCUCGGCCGCACAAAAGCCUCGCUGCAGGUCUUCAUCGCGCCCCAGGCCUCGUUCGCCAUCAACUGCUGGGCCGCGCUGAGCAAGUGCUCGCUGCUGCGCACGCUCAACCUGCAGCUCGUCAGCGAGUGCAUCAGCUUCCAGGCGCUCGCCCAGACGCUGCGCCAGCUGCCCGCUCUCACCGCGCUGCACCUCCCCCGCUGCACCUCUGCCGACGCGCCCGCGCUCAGCAUCCACGUCCGCUGGCCCCCGCGCCUCGCACACCUCGCCCUCGCCGGCGCCCUGCACGGCCGCUUCCUGUGGGACCUGCUGCGCUCCGACGCGUUCCCGCCCAGCCUGACGUCCCUCGCCGUGUCGCACGCGCCCGCGCUCGACGCCGCCGCGCUGCGCCCGCUGCUGGCGUGCCUCGCGGACAGCCUGACGCGCGUCGAGCUGCGCGACCUGCCCGCGGUGCGGCACGGGCGGCUGAACGCCGUGCUGGAGUGGCUGCCGCACCUGACGCAUCUGACGAUCGCGCUGGACUACAUCGACGCGCGGUUUGGCGGGAUGCCGGGCGACUGGGCCGCGGACCGGUGGCGCGAGGCGCGGCCGCUGCAGGCGCUGGAGCUCGUCAGCUCGGGCCAGAUGAGCGUGGACCCGGGCCGGUGCUUUACGGCGGUGGAUCUGUACGCGCUGAUUGACGAGCGGUUCCUGGGCCGCCUGCGGUGGCUGAGCGUCGCGCAGAGCUGCGAGUGGGAGCGCGAGCAGGAGGGGGCGGAGAUCGGGGCGCUGGAGAUGCUGGUCGAGGAUUUGGAUCGCGAGAGUUGGGAGGCCAGAAGGUGGCAUUACGAGGGCGUGGAUCGUGGCGCCGAGCAGACGUAUGAGGAGUGGGUCAAGACGCCGCUGGGGAGGCGCAUGCGCGCCCAGGUGUGGAUUGUGAAGGAUCGGUGACAUAGGGGGUUCAGGGUGAUGGCGUGAGUUGCCCUGGACGAGAACAUGCGGUGGAAGAGGAUGUUGGACAUGAGAUGGUAAUUGGACACGCAAAGAUUGAUGGAUGAAUGAACACGCAAGACGAUAGUUAGACACGCGAAACGAUAUUUGGAUCCGCAAGAUGAUAGUUAGAUAAGCAAGAUGAUAGCUAGACACGCGAGAUGAUAGCUGGACAUGCAAGACGAUAGUUGAACAAGCAAGACGAUGAAGUUGGACAAUAUCCAUUAAC